AUGCCUCUUUCACAAGAAAUUGAUUUACAAUUCCUUUCCAAGUAUUUUCACCUUCCAAUAAACGAUGUCGCCAAAGAAAUCGGAGUUUGUGCCACAGUAUUAAAGAAAAUAUGUCGUAAAAAUGGUAUUCCAAGAUGGCCACAUAGAAAGAUCAAAUCCAUUGAUAAAAUGAUUUCCAACCUUGAAAAUUCAACUCCAAAGAACUCUGAUGAGGAGAAUAGAAUCAAGGAAGAGAUUAACAGUUUGAAAAAGAAGAAGGCCUACUUGAUCAAGCAUCCAAAUAUUUUGGCGAUCAAAUCUUCCAUCAAACAAAAAGAAGCAGAGUUGCUCAACCAAAAGAUCAACGAAAAUCAAUUCGAACUUGAGAGUAUUUCUUCUCCCAUGAUCACACAACCAAUCGUUACACCAAAUUUCAGCUUUUUGGCUGCCGCUGCAACCGCUGCUUCUCAACAACAUCACCAACAACCAGUACAAAUCAUCCAACAUCAUCACCACCAACAACCAUCGAUUUCAAUCUCUACAGUACCAUCGACAUCUCCGGUAUUCGAAUCAGUGAGAGUUUCACCAUCUCAUCAUCACCAUCAUCUUCAACAACAACAAAUUCCACAAUCAUUGUCCGCAUCGUCAUCUCCGCUCUCUGUAUCCAAUGAAAUAAUGGCACCAUUCUGUUUCAGUCCAGUUCCAUCCCAAUCGAAUUCAUUGAACUCUUCGAAUAGCGACCUCUGGAAAAAUCAUGUCGAAUCAUCGCCACUGCAAACUCUUCAGAAUGCUGCUGCCGACUUGACUCGUCGUUCCUCCUCUCCAUCCCCACUGAGCCAAUCGAACAACAAUGAAGCAUCGUUCAUCCAACUGCCAAAAUUGAAUAUUCCCGAAUUCGAAUCGAUGGGAAAUACAUUGAAAACAUUGGAACCAGUCGUUUGGAACGCACUCAAAGACUCAAACGGAGCCGACCGUCUCUCGCCACUCCAGACUUCGUCAUCAUCGCUCUUUAGCAGCGCCGGUGGACAACAAGUUGUUCCACUGCCAUCAUGGUUCAAGGCCGAACACGAUUCAAUCUUCAACAAUAACAGCAACAACAACACCAUCAGUCAAUUCAAUAAUAGUGGAGAAUUCACAUUCUCCAAAUCACUUCCACUGCCCUCCCCAAGUAGUUCUCACUUCAACAGUGGCAAGGGUAGCCACUCUCCACUUGCCAAACGCGGAGAAAUCCGCUCCGUUACAAGAGUGGAUCAACUGAUCACCGAAGAAGACAUCCACGUCCCCUAUGGAUCUCCAUCAUCUCCCAUCAACGAAUAUGAAUAUUAA